AUUAUAUCAUUCACGUAAUAUCGGCUUGUACCAUCAUUCAUUUUCUCGCAAACGAAUCCAUCUCUCUCUCCCCGCAUGCAUGGGUUCAACCUUAUGCUGCCUUCGCGUACCGGACAAGAAACACGGCGGAGACACGGCUAUGAUGGCGGCUACCAGUGACCAGAAACCGUUUCCGGCCACCGGGGAGGAGUUCCUAUCGGACGCGAGCACUUUCUCAGUGGAGGAACAAGCGCGGCUGCUGAAGGCGGCCAGGCGGCAGGAGCGAAGGCUCGGCCAUGAAGCCGAGCAAGUCAUGAAAUGGGUCAAACAAGAAUCAGCCAGAUUUGACCAAGUCCACGGUUUGACCAAGUCUUGAGCUUUCUAUUUCUUACGCAACAAAGGAUGCAAAAUCUGUAAUAUGAACACUCUGAACUGUACUGAACAUAACCAUGGGGAUAAUUUCUUGUCCGAAAGUAUGAAGAUCAUCCGCAACGAUUUCCAUAACUUAAGGUGAUCCUCCAUUUAUUACAUACACCUGGAUUCACCCACAGGUUAUUACAUCACAGGACACAACAGGAAAACAGAAA